GCAAGAUGCCGCGCUCGUUCCUGGUGAAGAAGCACUUCUCGGCCAGCAAAAAGCCCAACUACAGCGAGCUGGAGAGCCAGGCCGUGCUGGCCGCCCCGCUGCUGUACGAGACGUGCCCGCUGCCCGUCAUCCCCCCGCCCGAGGUGCUCGGCCCCGGAGCCUACUACCCUCCGCUGGUGUGGGACGCGGGGCUGCUGUCCAGCCUGUUCCCGGGCGGCCCGGGCAGCGAGGCUGCGGGGGUCGCGGCCCCCGCCCUGGACCUGACGGCGCUCUCCAGCGAGGACGAUGAAGGCAAGAGCUCGGGGCCCCCCAGCCCGGCCUCGGCGCCCGCCGCCGCCGAGCGCUUCCGCUGUGCCCAGUGCGCCAAGGCGUACUCCACCUUCGCCGGGCUCUCCAAGCACAAGCAACUGCACUGCGAUGCCCAGGCCAGGAAAUCCUUCAGCUGCAAGUACUGUGAGAAGGAGUACGUGAGCCUGGGGGCUCUCAAGAUGCACAUCCGGAGCCACACGCUGCCCUGCGUCUGCAAGAUGUGCGGGAAGGCCUUCUCUCGGCCCUGGCUGCUGCAGGGCCACAUCCGGACGCACACUGGUGAAAAGCCCUUUUCCUGUACACACUGCAACCGGGCCUUUGCUGACCGCUCUAAUCUCCGCGCCCACCUGCAGACCCAUUCAGAUGUAAAGAAGUACCAGUGCAAAACCUGCUCCCGGACUUUCUCCCGCAUGUCGCUGCUCCACAAGCAUGAGGAGACAGGCUGCUCUGGCUCUCGCUGAGGACUCCCCACGCCUCUCUCGUCACAAAUACCCAUACCAUAACUAGUUUCUGUAGGAGUUAGUUUCCUCCAUCGCCAUUGCAGUGUACACCGGGCUGGACACUGCUCCUCUGGCCCUUGGGACCCUCACACUCCUCACUUGGUGCCUCCAGUGCAAUGCAAGAGCCCGAUCAUGAAGUUUGCUGGGUUGGAAGGGACCCGUCAGGAUCACCGAGUGUAAUUCCUGGCCCUGUGCAGGACAUCCCCAGAACCCCACCGUGUGCCUGAGAGCAUUGUCCGAACGCUUCUUGAACUCGGGCUUGGUGCUGUGACCACUUCUCCCAUCCUGGCAUCCGGGGGUGCAGGCCUGCACUCUGCCGAGCGUGUGAAACUCGGGGGCCACGGUGCUGCCCCAGCCCCUCGGCAGGCGCCCCCCUGGCCAGAGGCACUCGGCACCUCGCAGGGCUGGACCUGCACCCUCGCCCCGCGCCGGGUUUGAACACUGCGACCAUGUAGCUUGGGGGGGUUGGGGCUUUUGGGUUGGAUUUGUUGGUGUUUUUUGUUUUUGUUGGUUUUUUCUUUUUUUUUGGUUUUUUUU